AUGGAGAUUGCUGUUCAGUAUCAGCCUCCCGCCACCAAAAUUCCCUUCGAUACCAACAACAAAUUUAACGUUGUGAGAACAACUUUUGUCGACCAUCUCUACGAAUCUCUCUCGGGAGAGGGACUUAAGGUUUUCCUCGACAGCGAAGAGCUGGAGAAAGGCAUAGAAAUCGAUUCAAAUUUGCAAGAAGCCAUUAAAACAAGUGAUGUUCUGAUCCCUAUAUUUUCUAAACACUAUGCAGAAUCAACUUGGUGUCUGAAGGAGGCUGCCCAGAUGUGGAGAUCCAAUGGCUUCAUCAUUCCUCUUUUCUAUGAUGUGGAGCCCUCUGAUGUUCGCUACCCUCAAAGAGAGGGAGGUCCAUUCGCCAAGGCAUUCCAAAAGCAUUACAGCCAUUUAGAUCGGCAGGAUGAGCAAACAAUCGAGGAAUGGAAGAAUGUUCUUCAACAAAUCUCUUCUCUUUCUGGUUGGACAAGGAAGGAAGAAUUCGGGUACGAAGGAAGACUGGUAAAAAGAGCUGUGAAAGACGUGUUGAAUACCUUGAAGAUUACUCCGCCUCUGCUAGAUGUUCCUGUCCAUCUUGUGGGACUUGAAAUGCAUAUGUGUGCCCUGCUCCAUAGAUUAUAUUUGAGUUCAUGGCAUAGUACAGUGAGAGUGGGAGUCAGCGGUAUAGGCGGCGUCGGAAAAACCACCCUGGCCAAGGCUGUUUACAAUAGAAUUUAUGCUAGGUUUGAUGCUUAUUUCUUUGCACAGAAAAAAAGUACCCUUGUAGACUUGCAACGGGCAAUUCUAAGAAGAUUGGUAAAUUACCAUGGAGAAGUUUCAAGUGUUGCCGAGGGAAAAGCUCUGAUGAAAAACUUAUUGCAAGGAGUUCGUGCCCUUGUCAUUUUGGAUGAUGUGAAUGAUCUGAGUCACUUGGAUGCACUGAAUGGAGACUGGUGUGGGCCUGGUAGCAGAAUCAUCUUUACAUCCCGAGACCGACACAUACUCAAUCUUGCUAAAGUUGAUUCAAUUCUUAAUAUGAGUGGGCUAGGGAAGGAUGAAGCUCUUCAAUUGUUUUGUUGGCAUGCUUUCUCGAGGGCGUUUGCGGAGAUCCACUACAAAAAGCUUUCUACAAGAAUUGCAAGAGCCUGCAAGGGUCAUCCUCUUUCAUUACAAGUUAUUGGAGUAUAUUUGUUUGAUAAGAAAGAGCAGGAUGACAUUCAAUAUUGGGAAGAAGCUCUCCAUAACAUUUGGGGAAAAUCAAGAAAUAUCCAAAGUCCUUCGAAUCAGUUAUGA